AAUGCCUCUGUCAGAAGGAUUUUUUUCCCCUCUCAAGCAUGACAACAUCAUAAAUCUCAUUGUUGGAAAGGAAAGGAGGGGAGAGUGGAAUUGCGAAGAAAAGCAGAAAAGGGUGUUCUUGUGGGACAGCAAAGCCUAUGGGAAGUGCAGGUAGCAGCAUGUUGCCUUAACAGCUGUCUCAGCUUCUCAGACUCUGUCAGUUUGUUGCUAUGUAGCAGGUGCAGCCUUUUCUUUUAUUGAAUCUUUACUCCAUAAAGACAACGACAAGCCAAGGCAGUAGCUAGCCCUGGAUUAUACAAGUGCAGACUCUCCACUAAGUGAGCUGGAACACACAGAUAAACGCGUCGACUCAAGUGCCCACAUGAUCACCACAGCAAGAGUACCUGCUGAUAAGCCAGUCCGAAUUGCCUUCAGUCUAAAUGACUCCCCAGAUGAUACUCCUCCUGAAAACACCUUUCCUUUGGCUUUUCCAGAACUAGAACAGCAACUUCAGCCUCUGCCUCCUUGCCAUGACUCUACAGAAUCUAUGGAGGUGUUCAAGCAGCACUGCCAAAUAGCAGAAGAAUAUCAUGAAGUCAAAAAGGAAAUUGCACUGCUGGAAGAAAGAAAAAAGGAGCUGAUUGCCAGACUGGAACAGGCAGAAAAGGAGAGCAUGGAUGCUGCUCAGCUGACUAAGGAAUAUGCAGAACUGACAGAGGAGAAUCGGACAUUGAAACUGGCUCAGAUGCAGUGUGCAGAGCAACUGGAAAAGCUUAGAAUACAAUACCAAAAGAGACAGGGCUCUUCAUAACUCUCAACUAACCAGUGAGAGGCAGUCAAAUCCAGUCUUUGUUUUGUGCUGGCCAAGAGGUUUUAAAAAAAGGUUCUAUUGUAACACUUCACUAGAAAUACAGAAUAUAUAAAAGUCUAUAUUUGAUUUAAUGCUUGCCAGCCGGUAGCUUAAUAUAAUGGAUAUUUUAUUUCAAGUAACAUAAUUGAAGCUAAUCUAGCCCCAUUGUAUGUUCUAAUAGAUCAGAUUUCUUUUCUAAAGAUAUUUCUUCCAAUUUAAGAAGAUAUGGACACACUAGAAACUGAUAUAAAUAGUCUCUAUGUUGGGAGUUGGACCAUACUAAGACAUACAGCAGGGGCAGUGUUAAUAUAUGGAACACUGGAACACACUCAUGUGCUUCUAUUUUAGUUUAGUUUUCUUUUUAGUUUUAAUUUUUUUCAUGCCUAAAAUGUUGGGAAAUUGUCCUAAAUCUAAUCUGGCUAUGGCUCAAGAUUAUGCUCCAGGUAUCUGGCAUGUUGAUAAUGUCAACUUUAGGUUGUUUUAGAAAUUCUAAAAGAUUGCACAUUUUUAAAAAAGGACUUGCAUUAAAAUAACACUAGCAGAUCAUUUUGAUCAAAGAAUUACAUCGACAGCAAUCAUUUUCAAGUUACAAAAUUGUGAAGAAAUAGAUAAGAAAGUUUUCUUUCCAUCGCCAUAUACUUGGCUAGAAAUUCUUUUCUUUUGAAAUUCAUUUGUACUGUUUGGCAUGCAAGAAAUGGAAAAGUUAUGUAUGGACACUACAGUGGUGAAUAAAUAAGACUUUAUGGCUGCUAAUGGAGAAUACUUCAGUAAAAGUACCAUAUAUUUUGUUUUUAUUUUGUAGGCUGUUUUGGAACAGAAAUGACUGAGGGUAGGUACUAACAGUUCAGUGAUAUAUGAAUAACUGAGAGUUAAAAUGGCUGUUUUUCCUUGCUCUACUUAUCACUGUAUUUUCCUAAAUCAAUUGAAAAUCCUUUGUUAUACUUCCAUUUCUAUUCAUACAGUAUUUUUUUCAUUAA